AUGUACUUUUACGAUGGAAACAGAACUAUUUAUUCGCUCUCACAGAUGUGAUUUGUAGUUUAUCAGACAUAUUUAAAUAUUUUCAUAGUCUGAUUAAUAUAUUAAAUCUUUGAAAUAGAUGCAUUUAGUAUAGGUAUAUGAAUCUAUAUAUAUAUAUGAAUGUAAAAGAACGUCGUUCACAGUGUUUCUCAAGUUCUGUCACUGAAAAGGAUUUGAAAAUAAUAAAAUAAAAUGUCCAGUGCUGUUUUAUUAUCAUUGCACCAACAGCUCAAAAAAUGCUUUGAAACGCUAAUAGCGAAUAAAAGCGUUUGGGACAGUGAAUUAGCUGAAUGUAAACCUCUCAUGAGCUCUCUUGGAAACCUUGCAGUGCAACUGAAGGCACUGAAAAACGUUCAGAUUGCAAAUACACCUCUUGCCAAUUUCCCGAGUUUACAAGAACGCCUUCAUUACAAACUGUCACUGGCUGUGGAUGCAGUUCUGGGGAAGCUAGCUGAGAAAAUGGAUGCUCUUCAGAGGCUGCGAGAUGCCAUCAGUCAACAGGUGUCUGCUGUUUUCCAGUUCUAUGAGAAGAACACAGACACUCUUGACAUUGCUGGAUGUGUGUCCAGAUCAGCCAUCUGUCCCUCCAUCUCAGAUAUGUUAGAGUGGCUUCAAGAUGCAGAUCGCUGUUACCGCCUACAAUUAGUGCAGAGAAGGAACCUCCUGCAGGCGCUGAUACCCAGUGACCUUACGUUAAUGGAAACGGCACCAAAGAGAUGGGAAUCUCUGCAUUCAGCUAGUGGAGAGGAGAGAAUUGCAGAUGCAUUGUGUCAAGUUUCAUUUUUCAUGGAGACUGAAUGAAUGUCAGCUAUUUAUCCAGUCAUUUCCAUAUCCUGUGUUGGCUGUUGUUCUCAGUUGGCAAAGAAGAAUCCUUAAAAAGGGACAGCUGUAUAGUAAUGUUGGACCUCAAGACUCCUGGAUUAAUUUAGUUUUGUGAUGGGCAUUGACUUGCCAAAGACUGAAUAUUAGCAUCAUUGUAAGAGCUGUGGUCUGUUUUAAUAAAUGUGGUU